AUGUCUUCAUCACUUACAAUCUAUCUAUCUAUCUAUCUAUCUAUCUAUCUAUCUAUCUAUCUAUCUAUCUAUCUAUCUAUCUAUUCAGUAUUUAUCUGUCUAUCUGUUAGGUUUCUAUCUAUUCAGUUUGUUUCUUUCUAUCUAUUUAUCUAUCUAUCUAUGUAUUUGUUCCGUUUUUAUUUAUUUAAUAUCUAUCUAUCUAUCUAUCUAUCUAUCUAUCUAUCAAUUCAGUUUGAUUCUAUCUAUUUAUCUAUCUAUCAAUUCAGUUUGUUUCUAUCUAUCUAUCUAUCUAUCUAUUUUUUCUAUCUAUCUAUCUAUUUAUCUAUCUAUCUGUUAUGUUUCUACCUAUUCAGUCUGUUUCUAUCUAUCUAUCUAUCUAUCUAUCUAUCUAUCUAUCUAUUAUGUUUCUAUCUACUCAGUCUGUUUCUUUCUAUCUAUCUAAUUAUCUAUCUAUCUAUGCAUUUGUUCCGUUUUUAUUUAUUUAAUCUUUUUCCAUCUAUCUAUCUAUCUAUCUAUCUAUCUAUCUAUCUAUCAAUUCAGUUUUCUGUUUCUAUCUAUCUAUCUAUUCAGUUUGAUUCUAUCUAUUUAUCUAUCUAUCAAUUCAGUUUCUAUCUAUUUAUCUAUCUAUCUAUCUAUCUAUCUGUUCUGUUUCUACCUAUUCAGUCUGUUUCUAUCUAUCUAUCUAUCUAUCUAUCUAUCUGUUAUGUUUCUAUCUAUUCAGUCUGUUUCUUUCUAUCUAUCUAUUUAUCUAUCAAUCUAUCUAUGCAUUUGUUCCGUUUUUAUUUAUUUAAUCUUUUUCCAUCUAUCUAUCUAUCUAUCUAUCUAUCUAUCUAUCUAUCUAUCUAUCAAUUCAUUUUGAUUCUAUCUAUUUAUCUAUCUAUCUAUCAAUUCAGUUUGUUUCUAUCUAUCUAUCAAUCUAUCUAUCUAUCUAUUUGUUCUGUUUCUACCUAUUUAGUCUGUUUCUAUCUAUCUAUCUAUCUAUCUAUCUAUCUAUCUAUCAAUUCAUUUGUUUCUAUCUAUCUAUCUAUCUAUCUAUCUAUUCAGUUUGAUUCUAUCUAUUUAUCUAUCUUUCAAUUCAGUUUGUUUCUAUCUAUCUAUUUGUUCUGUUUUUACCUAUUCAGUCUGUUUCUAUCUAUCUAUCUAUCUAUCUAUCUAUUCAGUUUGAUUCUAUCUAUUUAUCUAUCUUUCAAUUCAUCUGAUCUAUCUAUCUAUUUAUCUAUCUAUCUAUCAUCUAUCUAUUCAUCUGUUUCUAUCUAUCUAUCUAUCUAUCUCUCUAUCUAUCUAUCUAUCUAUCUAUCUAUUCAGUUUGAUUCUAUCUAUUUAUCUAUCUUUCAAUUCAGUCUGUUUCUAUCUAUUUAUCUAUCUGUGAUUAUUCUUUUGAGUGUUGUGGGUAAUAUUUUUUACCCUCAUCCUGCCCUGUCGAUUCCGACCCCAGUCUGUUCUUUUAUUCAUAUCAACCUGCCUCUUUGUUUCUAUCUAUCUAUCUAUCUAUCUAUCUAUUUGUUCUGUUUUUACCUAUUUAGUCUGUUACUAUCUAUCUAUAUAUUCAGUUUGAUUCUAUCUAUUUAUCUAUCAAUUCAGUUUGUUUCUAUCUAUCUAUCUAUUUGUUCUGUUUUUACCUAUUUAGUCUGUUUCUAUCUAUCUAUUCAGUUUGAUUCUAUCUAUUUAUCUAUCUAUCAAUUCAGUUUGUUUCUAUCUAUCUAUCUAUCUAUCUAUCUAUCUAUCUAUCUAUCUAUCUAUCUAUUCUGGAACAGCCGAGAGGACAACUGGAUCUAUCUAUCUAUCUAUCUAUCUAUCUAUCUAAGCAUUAUAGUUUAUAUCUAUCUAUCUAUCUAUCUAUCUAUCUAUCUAUCUAUCUAUCUAUCUCUCUUUCUCUCUCUCUCUCUCUCUCUCAAGGCUUAUCUCUUUCUGCAGCGCCAUCUAUCAAUCUUCUUGUGUACAAUAUAUUUUUUAUCUCCCUUUUCUUAUCUCUUCAGAUUUUGCAUUAAAAAAACCGGCCAUUCUUUCUCGGCUUUCGUCUUAUCGUCCUUUUUUUUAAACUUUCCUCUGGAUUCCCACUAA